AAACUAAAAUGAAACCCUAAUCAAUAGAAAGAGUUUCCUUCCUUCACCGAGAAAAAACGGCGCGGCGCUACACUCACAGCUGGGCAGCCAUGUUGAUCUCCUUUUGUAGAUCUGAUAUGCGGCGAUUUAGACAUCGGAUCGAUGAACGACGCAUGUGAGUUCUGUUUCUCUGAUCAACAAGCGCAUUAACUGACUCCAUAUCAAAAUAAUGGACGAUGAUACGAUUAGCAGCUUACCGGACGCGAUCCUGUGCCGCAUACUCUCUUUUCUCCCAACCAAACAAGCCGUUGCAACCAGCGUUCUCUCCAAGCGGUGGAUCCCACUAUGGCGUUCAGUCUCUACUCUCGACUUUGAUGACACCUGCUACGUCAGCAUCGACGACUUUACUGGCGACUACUUCCACACAAGCAGAGCCUCUUAUUCUCGCUUUCUUCAGUGCGUGUAUGCUGCCCUGCUCUAUCGAGAUCUCCGGCAACCCAUCCAUACAUUCCGCCUUCACUGCGCUUCUUUUGAUUAUUACGAUCCUACCAAUGUAACCAUAUGGGUUAAUGCUGCAGUCCAGCGCAGAGUUCAGCAUCUCGAUAUCUCCUUAGGCUUUCGUCCGUGUGAUAUUAACAGACGACCCACCAACUUGUCUUCCAUCUUCACUUGCACCACUCUUGUGGUUCUCAAGUUGCGCCAGAUGGAUUUCAUUCCGUUUUCGUCGGAUGUUCAUUUGCCCUCACUCAAAGUCCUGCAUCUACAAGAUUUGAUUUUCUUAGAACGCGAAUCUCUCGCAAAGCUUCUUUCUGGAUCUCCAAAUCUCCAGGAUUUCAAGGCAAGGGGAUUGCGUUUUGAUAAUUAUAACACUGAUAGAGAGUUUAAAACCUUACCCAAGUUGCUCAGAGCAGAUAUUUCAGCCACUCAGACUUGUUUUUUGUUCACAGAAGUCGUUAACAAUGUCCAGUUUUUGCACUUAGACAAGAUUCCUUCUAGACUCUUACUCGAGCCUCAAUGGAUUGACUUGGACUACAGCUACAUUUUCCCCAUGUUUCACAAUUUAACACAUGUUGAGCUUGUCUAUCAACCCUAUAAUUCUGAUUGGUCUCAGGUAGUGGAAUUCCUCCAUCAUUGCCCUAAGCUUCAAGUUCUCCUCAUAAACCAGCCAAAUUUUCAUAGCUUUGACUCUGAGCAAAUUGGAAAAAUAGGAGAUUGGCAAUUCCCAUCAACCAUUCCUGAAUGCAUUCUAUUACACCUUAGAAGAUGCUAUCUAAAUGAUUAUAGAGGCACCAAACCGGAGUUUCAAUUUGCAAAAUAUAUUAUGCAGAAAGCAAGAUUUUUAAAGAGCAUGGCCAUAUCCACUGGCAUUGCCAAAAAUCUAAAGUCUAAGAUGUUGAAAGAAUUAUCCUCAUGCAAGAGGCACUCCGCAACUUGUAGACUUUCCUUUAAAUGAUAGGAAACAAGAUUUGGUAGCUGCAAGUAUUCAAGAGGCACUCUGCAACUUUUAGACUUUCCUUUCAUUUCUGAUGAAUAAUUGCAAAUUUAAGAUAUAGUGCUCUAGUGUAAGGCAAUUGUAUGUUAAAUUCUUAUCUUAUGUUAACCUCCAUGAUACGAAAGUGUAAACCCUCUCUCAGACAGGUGCUGUCACUCACAUAAUCAAACAUUUAGUUGUUUGUUAAAAAUUAA